AUGUCUGCUGAGUUAAAAGCCAUGGAAACACCAAAACCUAGUUAUGACCAAGAAUGGGUCAUACAGAUAAGUCGAGCCCUAGAAGAAGACCUAGAAGACAACGCUGAAGGGGUUCCUGUUAGAAUCUUCAGCGUACCCAAAACCCUAAUCUCUUUCAAACCAGAAGCAUACAUUCCACAGCUAAUAGCCCUUGGCCCAUACCAUCGCAAGCGGCUUGAACUCUUCGAGAUGGAGCACUACAAGCUCACUUCUGCUAAGAGAGUGCAAAAGAACCUCCAACUCACCAGAUUUUGCCACUUGGUCAACCAUAUUGCGGAAAGUGAUAGCACUCUCCGCGCUUUCUACCACCGCUUCUUGGAGUUCGACCGGGAAACACUCGCAUGGAUAUUUGCCAUCGAUGCUUCCUUCUUGUUGGAGUAUCUCCAAACCUACUCCGCCAAAACGGAAGGCUCGCUUAUGCGAAUUUCUUCUAAGAUGGCAUAUCUGAUCGACUACACACGGAGGAAAACGGCACACCAUGCAAUCCUCAGGGAUAUUAUCAUGCUAGAAAACCAAAUCCCUCUCUUUUUGCUCAGAGAAGUCCAUAGUUUUAAUGAUCAACAGCAUGAAGAUCAUGACCAAGUAUUAGCCACAAUGCUAAUGGGUUUUUGCAAAGACUUAUCACCCAUCAAGCAUAGUAAUUACCAACAUUUUAGAGAAGAAUGUUUCGGGAGAGCUCAUUUGCUAGAACUUCUCUACGACAUGGUUGCGCCAAAACUGCAACUUGCACCUGAUUGUGAGCAGCAGAAGCCGAAAGAGGAAGAAGAGAUUGGCUGGUUUAGAAAAGCCUUGAAGUCAUUCUUCACAGUACUAAUUUGUAUUAACUUGGCCCCGCUCCGCCUUCUCAGUAAAAUUUGCAAAUCAAAAGCAAUCAAGCUUCUGAUUAAACUACCAUUUACAAUCCUCUCGUGUGUUUUGCGUCCUGGACACAAGGUUGAUAUAAACAGUCUCAUAUCGUCCGCUGAGAAUGUGGCGGAAGAGGUGGACUGCGCAUCUCAGAAGACUAAAGACAAAUUAAGUCCUUUGGUCGAAGAGAUUGCAAUCCCAAGCGUGUCACAGCUUCAUAAAGUUGGUGUCAAAUUUCGUCCAACAAAGGGUGGAUUGGAAUCCAUAAAUUUCGACAAGCGUUGCGGUAAAUUUUACCUUCCCGUAAUUCAUUUGGAUGAUAACUCGGAAGUUGUGCUAAGGAACCUGGUGGCCUAUGAAGCAUGUAUUGCACCGGAGGUGAUGGCUUUUACUCGUUUCACGGAAUUGAUGACUGGAAUAAUUGAUAGUGAGGAGGAUGUGAGGAUUCUUCGAGAGGCGGGGAUCAUCUUGAACCGCCUCAAAAGCGAUGAAGAAGUGGCAACGCUCUGUAAUGGCAUGACGAAGUCUGUGAGGGUAACGAAAGUUCCCAUUCUAGACAAGGCCAUCGAAGGUGCAAAUACUUAUUAUUCGGGGAGUUGGAAGGUCAGGAUGAACGUGGCCAUGAAGAAGUACGUCUUUGGUUCAUGGCCAUGUCUUACGUUUCUAGCAGCGAACAUUCUGAUAUUGAUGUCUAUUCUGCAGGCUGCUUGCACGAUGUACAAUUGCUCCAAAAUUUUCAAGGCUCUAUGA